AUGAGCAUGUCGAACUACACGCAAGUUGAGGAAUUCAUUCUUCUUGGACUUACCAGCCUGCCAAAUAUUCAGAUAAUCUUGUUUGUAAUAUUUUUACCGUGUUAUAUUAUAUCACUAAAAGGUAAUAUAGCCAUCAUUAUAAUCAGUAGAAUAAACUCCACACUUCAUACACCUAUGUAUUUCUUCUUGAGUCACUUGUCAUUUUUGGACAUCUGGCACACAACAGUUAUCGUUCCUGUAAUGCUCGUACACUUUUUGUCCAUAAGAAAAAGCAUAUCUUUUGCUGGAUGUGCCAGUCAGAUGUUCAUUCAUCUUUCUCUAGGAGGGACGGAGUGCUACCUCUUGUUGUCAAUGGCCUAUGACCGGUAUGUGGCUAUAUGUACCCCAUUACACUACACUAAUAUUAUGCAUCUCGCCUUGUGCAUUAAGAUGGCAGCUGGUUCAUGGAUUGGCGGCAUAUUAAACUCUAUUAUACAUACAGUCUUUGCACUGCAAUUGCCGUUUUGUGGUCCCAAUGUAAUAAAUCACUUCUUCUGUGAGGUUCCUUCAGUACUGGAGUUGGCCUGUGCAGAUACAUCUGUUAAUAAGACCGUUAUUUUCUUCUUUGCUAUGUUGGUGGUGAUGGGUCCAUUUUUCCUUAUACUCAUUACUUAUGGAUAUAUCAUAUCCAGCAUACUGAAGAUAAGCACAUCUGUGGGGCAAAAGAAGGCCUUCUCCACUUGUGCGUCACAUAUUAUAGUUGUAUCCCUGUUUUAUGGCACCAUCAUAUUUAUGUAUAUGAGACCAGGAUCAACCCAUGUAGUGAACCAAGACAAGAUGGCCUCCUUGUUCUACAGUGUAAUAGCCCCAAUGCUGAAUCCUUUGAUAUACACCUUGAGGAACAAAGAUGUGAUAGGAGCAUUUACUGACUUGACAAGAAGAACGAUUGUGUCAGACAAAGGAUAUGGACAUUAA